AUGGCACCUACACGUACAAAAGGAGCAGGGCCAUCGACUUCAAGGGAUGGCCAAGCAGGGAGCAAGCAGAAAGGCAGCGGGAAGCAUCAACACCACCGAAAACAACAAGGAUCAGAAGGCGAACUUGCUGGGCUUCCGGGCGUGCAGAAGAUCAAAGCAGCCUUGCGCCAGACGAGGAGACUUCUUGCUAAGGAUAAGUUGGCAGCGGAUGUACGAACAAAAACGGAAAGGAGGCUCAAGGCUCUGGAGGCGGACCUCGCACAGGCCGAGCGUACGAGAAAGGAGCGGGCGUUGUCCCAGAGGUAUCAUGCCGUCAAGUUCUUCGAACGACGGAAAGUUACACGAAGGAUACAGCAAGUCAAACGGCAACUUGCCGAAGACAAAAAUGCAGAGGGAGAACAGCUAGGCAAGAAGGAACGGAAACGAUUAGAGAAGAAGUUGGAGGAGCUGCGUGUAGACCUCAAUUACAUCAUUCACUACCCGAAACUCAACAAAUACAUCGCCCUCUUCCCGCCUGAGCUCCGCGGCGAGCCUCAGGCGCAUCCCGACCCUUACCCCCACACGCACUCCCGCUCGAAGGACUCGGAGAGCGAACAAAAUCCGGAGAAUGAGACUGACGCACAACGCGAGGAGGUCCGGACGUGGGUGCGCGAGCAGAUGGCCGCCGGCGAGAUGAGCGCGGAGCCUGAGGUAGAGCUGCACAAGAAAGACCGACCUACGACGUCGCAUGACCGACCCCUCGGUGCUAAGGGAAAUGCGCGGUUGGAGGAAGAGGAGAAGCGGAAGGCGACGGAUACGAAGUCGGCUGCGUUGGAGGGAGAUGCGUUCUUCGGGGAAGAUGCUGGCAGUGAGGAGAGCGGUGAUGGUGGUGAAGACGAGGACGAAGAUGACGACGAGGACAUGGAUAGUGACUGA